GAUCUUUUCCAUCAUCGACACUCGAAUUGCAGCUUCCCACGGUUAUAUUUUCCCUAAUAAACACCGUUACUCCAUCUCCAUCAACACCACGUACCCCGCCGGCGCGAAUUGUUUGGUUCCAACCUUGAAUAAUCUUGUCGACUCCAACCGCAACCAUGUCCAUGUAUCCGCAUCGCGCCAUGGGCGCGGUGCCCCCCAACAACUCGGCCCGGCUCAAUGAGCUCCUCGACCAAAUCAGAUCCGAGUUCGACACCCAGAUGCGCCAGACGGAGGGUUAUGAACACCAGAUCCAGGCUCAAGUUCAGGAGAUGCAGCUUGUUAGAGAAAAGGUGUACGCCAUGGAGCAAGCGCAGAUGAACCUCAAGCAAAAGUACGAAGAGGAAAUUGCCAUGCUCCGCCGCCAGCUCGAGGGAGCUCGUGGAAACGCGCCUCCUAGCAUUGGCGGUCCUCCUCCUCACGCGGGCCCGUCGCAACAGCCCCCCUCCAUCACCCCCGGCACCGGUCUCUUCAACGGUAUCAUGACCGGUGGUGGCCAGGGCCAGCUGGCCCCUCCUCCGCCCCCUCCUCCCCCUCAGGACCAGCAAAUGGGCCCGCAGCAUCAGAUGGCCCAGGGACCUCCGGGUCUGCCUGUCCCGCCUCCGCCGCCGCCUCAGUCGCAGCAGCCUUUCCAGCAAUACCCCCCGGGUCCCGGUGGCCCUGUAUCUAACGGGCUCGGCUCCCAGCCCCCCCAGACCACCGCAUCGCCGGGUCCGGGCAGACGUGGAAUUGGAAGACCACCUGCAGCUGUCGGUCCGGCUACGCCCCAGAUCAACACUCCCAUUCCUUUCCCGGGCGCCACUCAGUCGCCUCAAGUCAGCCAUCCUACUCCCGACCACGCGCGGAUGGGGGGCCCCCACGCUCCGCCGGUGGGAAACGCCCUUGGCGAUCUUGACCCUGAUCGCCUGCCGCCUCACUCAAAGAAAUCGGGUCACGACUGGUUCGUCAUCUUUAACCAACACGUGCCUCGCAUGUUGGAUGUCGAUCUUGUCCACACUCUCGCACACGAGAGUGUAGUCUGCUGCGUGCGCUUCAGCCACGACGGCAAGUACGUAGCCACCGGCUGCAACCGCUCCGCUCAGAUUUACGAUGUUCAGUCUGGCGAGAAGCUCUGUGUCCUUCAGGACGACACUGUGGAUAUCACUGGUGAUCUGUACAUUCGCAGCGUUUGCUUCAGUCCCGAUGGCAAGUACCUUGCUACCGGUGCUGAGGACAAGUUGAUUAGAGUUUGGGACAUUCAGUCUAGAACGAUUCGCAACACCUUCUCCGGCCACGAGCAGGACAUCUACUCUCUCGACUUUGCCCGCGAUGGUCGCACGAUUGCCUCUGGCAGUGGAGAUAGAACUGUCCGUCUCUGGGAUAUCGAGCAGGGCACCAACACUCUCACCUUGACUAUUGAGGAUGGUGUCACAACUGUUGCCAUUUCUCCCGACACCAAGUAUGUCGCCGCUGGUUCUCUCGACAAGAGCGUCCGCGUUUGGGAUAUCCACCAGGGAUACCUGCUCGAGCGUCUUGAAGGUCCCGAUGGCCACAAGGACAGCGUCUACAGUGUUGCCUUCUCUCCCAAUGGCAGAGACCUCGUCAGUGGCAGUUUGGAUAAGACGAUCAAGAUGUGGGAGCUCAGCACCCCUCGCGGCUUGCCCAACCCCGGACCCAAGGGGGGCCGUUGCGUCAAGACUUUCGAGGGUCAUAGGGAUUUCGUUCUCUCCGUCGCGCUUACGCCCGAUGCCGCUUGGGUCAUGUCUGGUUCCAAGGACCGUGGAGUGCAGUUCUGGGAUCCCCGCACUGGCGCCACGCAGCUGAUGCUCCAGGGCCACAAGAACUCGGUCAUUUCAGUUGCUCCUAGCCCAACUGGCGGUUAUUUCGCCACCGGCUCUGGUGACAUGCGGGCGCGUAUCUGGUCUUACCGAAGCGUCCAGUAGGAAAAUGUCGCUCGUCCAUGGUUCGGAUACAUGUACGUGGGAUAAAGUUGAUAUUUCUUGGCGAAGGCUUGUUUAGUGGCCAGAGAUGUAUACCAAGCAGUGGAUGUCGAAGAGAAGAGGUUGAGUUGCUCUGUGACUAGGGAGGGUUUCGUUUGC